AUAAUGACGUGAUUCGAGUUAAAGUGAGAUUCACUAGCUCUCACAUUUUACUUGUUCUAAAUUUCUAUUGUAAUUACUUGGCUCUAUUGCGACCGUCUAUUAAUUAUUAAAGUAACGCUAUAAUAAGUUAUAAGUCAGUGCCCUCAUAUACUACGAUAAAAGUAUCAGCUGACGAACAUAAACAAAGGGCAUGAUAAUAUUCUGUGAAGUGGUGAAAUAUUUACAAAAUACAUUGUGAUCCGUACAGUAACUAUGGAUAUUGAUGGUUCAUCCAUGCCAAAUCCCCAAAAUAUUGGGGAAAUAGAUCAAAAUUUACUUUUACAGUUUAGCUGUAUGAAUACUACAGACAGGGAAGAACUAAUAGGUCAAAUGCAGAGACUUUUAGGUCCUAGUUUGACCCAUAACACAGCUAGUUUCUUUCUUGAUAUGAGUAAUUGGAACUUGCAGACUGCAAUAUGUUGUUAUUUAGACUAUACCUUACCACAAAAACUUCCAUCUAUGUCAUUGAAGGCAGCUCAAAACCAGGAAACGGCUGUUGGUCCUGGGGUCUGUUUUGAACAAAACUGGACUAUUGCCAAUACAGGGGCUGAGAGUUGGCCCGGUAGCUGUAGAUUGGUUCAAGCCGGAGGAGAGCCACUUGGUGCUACACCUGUCUAUGUGCCUCCUUUACCUCCGGGACACUCCACCACUGUUAUGUUGAAAUUAGUAGCACCUAGCAGGCCUGGUACACAUAGGGGCUAUUUCCACUUAUUGACUGAAAAAGGAGACCAAAUAGGAGAUACAUUGUGGGUGGAAGUCACAGUGGAGUCCGAGAUGACUAUGGCUCUGGUGGAGCAACUGGCAGCACUACCCGUCCCAAGUAGUAGAACAGAUGACACUGCCACAUCUAACGUUACUCAGAUGCCACAAGAUGACCAGAUGUGUUGAUAAAAAUUGAUGCAGUGUCACAAAUAUUUUAUUUAAUUUUACGUAUACAUCACAAAACCAUUGGUUUUCAUUUUUAUCAUUAUUUUAUAAUAUUACUAUUUGAUUUAUUUAAAUAAUUUUUUUUUUCUAUUGUAAAAAAGAAUGCAUUUUGUAGUUAAAAUUAAGUUUAUUGUAUUCUUUCAUGUUCCAUUAAUUUCUUAAUUAAUUGAACCACAAAUGUACAAAUUAAAUUGGUUGCUUAGUGAUUGAUAGUUAUACAAUUUGUAAGAAGCUUGCCAAACAUUUCAUGUCCCUUUUGCAAAAUGUCCAGUCAACACAAUAACUCUAUUUCAAUUAAGACUGAAUAGUCACUCUUGUCUUUUUACUCUUACUUAGCUUUUAUUUAGGCGCUCCUACACUACCUAAGGGUGGUAUGGUAUUCCAUCUAUGCAACAUAUUGGUCCAAUGUGUAUUGCUCCUCACAUUUUACUUGAUGACGCUAUGACAUUGGACAAAGAAAUUUGCUUAAGUACAUAAUUUAUUUAAAUUUGUGAGGUAGCGUUUCUUGUAAAUUUGUAUGUACAUCUAUUUUCACCUUUUUGUUUAACAAUAUGUUGUGAAAGAAGGGACAUUCUGAAAAAGGGAUUUUGUACAUGACUUACGAACUGAAUUUAGUGCUGAAAAAAGGAGACCAACCAAUCUGGAUGACCUGGAUGUAGAUAUUUUACGAAGGUAUGUUUCGCUAGUGGGAUCUCAUGCACCCGAAGUAUAGAUACAUUGUAUAAUGAACACCUCCAAUUAGCUUCAUGCCUGAAUUUUUAGAUAGAUUUCAAUGAACUCUACUUUCCGUGAGAUUCAUAAGUUUCUAAUAAACCUACUAUUUAUUGUACGCCAGAAACUUCCAAAUUGCGAAAGUAAAUGUGGCGCGCUCACCGCGAGUAAAAACGCGCCACACAAAAAGCGCGCACCCCGUGACGUCACAACAUACACGGCUGAGAAAAAAUGUAUGCAAAAGAAUCCUGAGAAAUAAACUUUUAUUUUUUACGCCGUAAAAAAUGAGUUUAAGUAUAUUGUUCCUGUAAUUCUCUGUCUCAAUAUAACACAAAGAAUCUGUUAAAAGUGUAUGAUAUACAUUAGCGUGAUAAAAAUUAUUGGAUUAAUUUCGUGUCGUUGAACAUGUUCAUACAACAAACAAAAUAUUUUUCAUGCAUGUAGCCCAUUGUGGUUGAAUAGCUGUAAGGCAACAAUAUGAAUUUGUUAGAUAUUAAUGAAAAUUUUACAAGACAUUGUAAUGAAGUGUUUAUUUUAGUAGCAUCACUUAUUUUCUUAUUUAUAAAUUGCAUUGCCAUUUAGUAAAAUAAAAUUGGGGUUUUAUUUGUAGUUGUAAAAUAUGUAAGUGAAGAGUACAAUUUGAAAGCAAUAAAUUUAAUGAUUUUUA